CCGCGGCUCCAGCACAAACUGCUUCUCGGUCUACAGAGGCAGAGAACGGGAGAGAAGAGAUAGAGAGAGAGAGAAAAAAAUCCACCAGAGCAAUCAGUCGCAUGGCUUACAUUUUCAUUUAUUUUUCGAAGGAAAACGCGUCAUUCGUUCAUCUGCCAUCGGAAAGGACUCCUUCAGAUUUUCACUCCGUCGUCGCUGAACAAUAAUCCGCAAAAUAUUUUUUUUUCAAGUUUUCGCGUCAUUCACGUUAUUUAGAGUGCGACGACAAUCUUGCCUCUCCGUCAGUUUUAGAUUGUUUCUCCUCGUCGACUCUCCAUGGACACCCGACGUUAUCAGUUAUUUUUGUUUUUGAUGGAAUAUAUAUGUCCAGGUGGGGAAGAAACUCAACUUAUUUUGACUGGAAACAUCAACAAAUAAGCCAGAUAUCACAAGUGACUCGCAAGCAGGAUCAAUACUGCGAAAAUCAAGCUGCUGCGUUUUUUAAGAUAACUUGUUUAUCGCUGAGAGAGGAUAUUGUAUCCACUUCAGACGAAGAACAGAGUGCAUAUUGAUUUAAUUUGGAGGUUGGAGCACUCGAAGACAAAAUAUCUGUAUUUUCUACGGUCAUUCUAUUGAGCAAUAAAUAUAAACAUAUUGUACCUUGAUCUUAUUGACGUUACGUACGUGCAGAAAGCGUAUUUUAAUACAGAUAUUUGCUGUACUUAGUAAUUUUGAAAAUUUAAUUACCAAGUUUGAAAACUGGUGACGCGAUUGCACGGGGAUAAAGCCAUAACAAAAACAACAACAUUACAUACAUGUGUACAUACACAUGUACAGCCACAUAUACGGCUAGUUGGCUAGUUGUCUUCCAUAUUUUGUAGUCACCGCCUACUAACGACAUAUAGCAAAAUUGUGAAUCGGUCGAUUUGUGAUCGAUAAAUUGGAUCUCGCUUGAAAAGUUUCCCCAUCAACGUGCGUCAGGAAUCAGCGGCGUCCAGUGAUGUCCAGGCCACUCUCACAACUUCUCCCCCCUGACCUACCCGCCGGAGCCAGCCCGCAAUUCGGAAGCGGAACCGCGGUGAGCGGUUCCCCGAGCGGCGGACACUUGAGCUCCAUGGCCAGUCUGAAGUCCCUCCUGCAGCUGCCAAUCAAAGGUGAUCAGCGAGGUAAAGACUGUGAAAUGAAAGACAAAGACAAACCGCUGGACUCGGACGAAGACUCUCUGGGCGGAGUCGGAGGGGGCGGGGUCGGCGGCGGGUGUACCCUGCGCUCCUCCUCCCAGUCGGCCUUCCUGGGCCCCCUGCUGUGGGAGCGCACCUUGCCCUGCGACGGCGGCCUCUUCCAGCUCCAGUACAUGGACCUGGAGGAGUUUCUGACCGAGAACGGCAUGGGCUGCAUGCACAGCAACAGCUCCAGCUCGGCCCAGAUCCCCUCGCAGAGCUCCCAGUCAGCUGUCCCGAACCAGAGCUCCCAGUGCCCCCCGUCCUCCCCACCCCCCUGCUCUUCGUCCUCCUCCUCCAUGUCCUCCUCCUCCUCGUCCUCCUCGCUGCUGGGGCUGGACUUGCAGCAGGCGCCCCAAGGCAUCAUGGGAGGUUCAGAGUGUCUGCAUGCCCCUCCCGACCCCUCGCCAUCCUCCUCCCCCUCCUGUCCUCCGCCCCCCGCCCCGCCCUCCACCAAUGCAGUUGACAUCAUGGUGAACUUUGACCCGGACCCUGCCGACUUGGCGCUGUCCAGCGUGCCGGGCCAGGAGGCUUUCGACCCACGAAGGCACCGCUUCACCGAAGAGGAGCUCAAGCCCCAGCCAAUGAUCAAGAAGGCCCGCAAGAUGCUGGUGCCAGACGAACAGAAGGACGACAAGUACUGGAGCCGGCGGUUCAAGAACAACGAGGCGGCCAAGCGGUCGCGGGACGCCCGGCGCCUGAAGGAGAACCAGAUCUCGGUGCGGGCGGCGUUCCUGGAGCGGGAGAAUGCGGCGCUGAGGCAGGAGGUGGCCGACAUGCGCAAAGAGCUGGGCCGCUGCCGAAACAUCCUCAACAAGUAUGAGAGCCGGCACGGAGAUUUGUGAGGAGGAGGAGGAGGAGAAAGGAGGAAGGAGGAGGAACGACGGAGAGGAUGGAGGAUUUGGGGAGGAAUAAGGUUUGCGUGAGGUGAGAGGAUCAAGGUGUCGGGGGGGGGAAAAAAAUCACAUGACAGAGGACAGUGAACCACAUGUGGGUGAAGGAUUGGAGUGGUCACGAGAACAGAGCUGUACCUUUUUUUCUAUGACAAACAUUGUAUAUUUUUGAACUUGGGGGGGAGCCGUGGAAGGAGGCGGGGUUGUGACAUAGGAUGAGGGGAUGAGUGAGUUGCAAGAGACUGAGAGAAGCCAGUGAAACUGUAUAUUUUUAUAUCUGCAAAGAGAGAGAUAUGAGAGGAAAUUUUGGAAAUAAUCUUUUUGUAUAUUUUAUAUAUGGGUGGGAAGGGAUGAGUGACAAAGAGAGAGGAUGGGACUGUCAAAAGGUUUUAAAACAGGAUUACUGCAAAUCGAUUCAUUUCAAUAAAGUUUUUGGAAAGAGGUUGAAAAAGACAGAAACAGGGCGCAAGAGGUGUAACUUGGGGUUGACACAGAAACAUUUAAAAUGGAUGAUUAUUUGAUAUUUGUGUUACAGGUGCAGGAAAAACGAAAACAAUGAAAAGUGUAUAGUUUUAAUUUUGUUGUGGGUUCAUUCAAGCACUUAAUUUGUUAUCUUCUCUUUGAUUCCUUUCUUGAAUUAAACGCGUAUGUGUGUGUGUGUGUAUGUCUGUCAAUGAGUUGUGUGUGAGGGAGAGAGAGGGGGAGAGAGUGAGAGAGAGAGAGAGAGAGAGAGAAAGAGAGCAAGCGAGAGAGACUGUAAUACAUUAUCUAAUCACUGCAGCAACUUACAUGAGAUACCUGUGUGUAUAUAUGCAGAGAUAACUUUCCAAAUUAGAAUAUGUAUGUAUUGAUACACAUACACACUCAGACACACACAUUUAUACAUACAAUUCAGUCCUAAGAGCAAAGUGGACCAUGACUUACAUGGUCAAAACAAGAUGCUGCACAGAUAAGGAAGCUAUUGAGGUAAAUAUCUUGCGUUAUAUUCACAAUUAUUUUUCUCUCUCUUGGAUUUUUAAAAACUGAAUAGAACUGGUUUAGAAGUUAUCGCCCAGGUUAAGUUGGCUUGACUUCGAUGCACACUUCAGUGGUGUACCAGAGUUUUGCUGCACAGAGCGUUUUUAUUCAAUCACUCUUCUGAACCAUGUAAUUCUUAUCCUAUCUUUAUGCAUAACUUCAUCCCAGCACAUGACUUGACUGCCUACGUUGUUUUUGGUAUUGUAAAAAUAUUUGUGUAUAAUGUUACAUAC